GCUAGGUGUGGCAGCCAUAUUUUGGAGUCGAAGUAGGGGGUCAUGGGGAUAACUGAAUGACGAAAAUGAAGCGACCCCAUUAACAAGAUAAAAAACUUCGUGUAAUCGGUGCUGCCAUUGGUGAUAUUUUUAUAGGCUGUAAAAGAUACCAUGGAUCCCAUUCACAGAAGUGAUACCCUCCGAGAUGGCAGUCUUAGAAUUCUCCAUAGUUUCAUAACAUGCGUUAAUCCACAAUCUGUGAUGCUGUAAUGCCUCCCAAUGUCUGAGGCAGUGGCAAAAUUGGAGACACGGCAGGACUCCGGGAACUUGUGUUCUCAAGUUGUGACAGGAGAGGCCCGUUUACGUCAACUUGAAGCACUGUUCCUUGGUGGUCCUGUGCAGGGACAGGGCCAAUGCUUCAGUAUAGAAACUUUGCUGGAUGUACUUCUGGUGCUGUAUGAUGAGUGUUGCAAUUCUUCUCUUAGAAGAGAGAAAACAGUAUCUGAUUUCAUCGAAUUUGUUAAACCUGUCGCAACAAAUUUGAAGGCAUUGCGCCUUUCACGUGAUGAUUUUGAGAUUAUUAAAGUAAUUGGAAGAGGAGCCUUUGGAGAAGUUUGUGUUGUAAAAAUGAAGGGUUCAGAGAAAGUGUUUGCAAUGAAGAUUUUGAAUAAAUGGGAGAUGUUGAAAAGGGCAGAAACAGCCUGCUUCAAAGAAGAAAGGGAUGUUCUGGUGUUUGGAGAUAGAAGAUGGAUCACGAAUCUUCAUUAUGCAUUUCAAGAUGAAUCAAAUUUAUACUUAGUAAUGGAUUAUUACUGUGGUGGUGAUCUGCUCACAUUACUUAGUAAAUUUGAGGACCGUUUGCCUGAAGACAUGGCUAAGUUUUAUAUUGCAGAAAUGGUUCUUGCCAUAGGAUCUAUUCAUGAUCUAAGAUACGUUCAUCGAGAUAUAAAACCAGAUAAUGUUUUACUUGAUGCUAAUGGACACAUUAGGUUAGCUGAUUUUGGAUCAUGCUUAAAAUUGUUUGAGGAUGGAACAGUACAAAGCAAUGUUGCUGUUGGAACUCCUGAUUAUAUUUCACCAGAAAUUCUUCGGGCUAUGGAAGAUGGACAGGGAAGGUAUGGUCCUGAAUGUGAUUGGUGGUCACUUGGUGUUUGUAUGUAUGAAAUGUUGUAUGGUGAGACCCCAUUUUAUGCAGAAUCACUUGUGGAGACGUAUGGGAAGAUAAUGAAUCAUAAGAACUGCUUUGACUUCCCAACAGAUAUGGGUCUGGAAGUCUCUGAAGAAGCCAAAGAUCUGAUGAAAAGACUUAUUUGUAGUUCAGAAUUUAGGUUAGGUCAACAUGGAAUUGAAGACUUCAAGAACCAUCCAUGGUUUGAGGGCCUCGACUGGGAAACAAUACGAGACAGUCGUGCGCCUUACAUUCCAGAGGUCAGCAGUCCAACUGAUACCUCAAAUUUUGAUGUUGAUGACACUGACAUUCGAACUUCUGAUGCUGUACCUCCUACAUCAAAUGCUGUUUUUUCUGCCCUUCAUUUGCCAUUUGUUGGGUUUACAUUCACCCAGGGCUGCUCAGUUUCUGAUCUGGGUUGUAUACCAGCACAUGGAAUCACACCUUCAGAAAGACUUGAAGUUGAAAAACGAAUCUUAGAUUUGGAAGAAGAAAACUUAAGGCUUACAAAACUUCUGUCUGGCAAUGAGGAGGGAAGGUCAAGUGAUGCAGGAAGUACAAUGAGAAAACUGCAAGAUGAAAUCAAUAUUUUGACAAAAAGGAACUGUGAGUUGGAAGAUAAAAUGAAAGAUCUUCAACAGACAACAAAUCAGAGGAAAGACCUGGGCACUGAAAGUGAUGUGCAACAAAAAAUAAAAGACCUUGAAAAGAACGUCAGGAUCCUAAAACAGGAAAGAGACGAAGCUCAGAAGGAAAACCUCGAUGUCCAAGAGAAAAUUAAACUUCAAGAGAAGGAACUUAAAGAUGCUCUAAGCCAGCGGAAGUUAGCAAUGACAGAAUACACUGAAGUGACAGAUAGGCUGUCAGAGCUGAGACAACAGAAGCAGAAACUUUCACGUCAGGUCCGGGAUAAGGAGGAAGAGCUGGAAGUAGCUAUGCAAAAAAUUGAUAGCCUUCGACAUGACAUUCGCAAAGCAGAAAAACUUAGAAGAGAGCUUGAAGCACGUGUAGAUGAAGCUAUGGCAGAGACAGCAAAAGAACGCAAACUUAGGGAAAGAAGCGAAGAAUAUUGUAAACAAAUGGAGGAAGAAAUUGAGAAGUUGAGACAGAGGAGUAUUAUAGUAGGAGCUGAUAUUUCUGUAGCUAGCCAGUCACAUGCAUCACAGGAAAUAGCAAGGUUAAAGUCUGAGGUAGAAAAGCUCCAAGUUCAGUAUAAUGAGAGCUUACAGCAGCAACAAUCAAGAUUUAAUUUGGAGUGCUCAAGCCUGAGAGAUCAAUUACAGGACUCAGAGAACAGGAGAGAGACUCUUGAAAGAGAGGUACAAGCUGUUAAGGAGAAAUUGGAUGCCACGAGACUUGAAGAUUUGACUGACAGUGAGGAGACAAUUGCAGAGCUCAAGAGGCGUCAUGAACGUGAAAGACUGAUGUUAUUGGAAGACAACAAGAAGUUGAUGAUGGACUUGGACACACUAACUGAGAGUGUAAGUCGAAUACAGAAUGAAAGAAGGCAACUUGAAGAAGAAUACGAAGAACUGAGAAGCAAGAAAGAUGCUAUUGCUCAAUGGGAAGCACAGAUUAGUGAAAUAAUCCAGUGGGUAAGUGAUGAAAAGGAUGCAAGGGGCUAUUUACAAGCAUUGGCAACAAAGAUGACUGAAGAGCUUGAGUUCCUCAAACAUGCUGGAGUGUCCAGUGCAGCCACUGCUGAUAAAAACUGGCGCAAUCGGCGAAGUCAAAAACUUGAUAAGAUGGAACUUCUUAAUCUUCAGAGCAGUUUACAAUCUGAAAUUCAGGCCAAACAGGCUAUUAGUGAAGAGUUAACAAAGACUCGAUCUGAGCUCAUUGCAGCUCAAAAGGAGUUGAGAGAUUUGCGUCAGAGGUAUGAUACGUUGUCUCAUGAGGUAAAGAGGAAAGAAAUUCAAAUCAAAGAACUUCAGUCAAGAUUAGAAUCUGGUGAACCAUUUUUGGAUCGUCCUUCAUCUCAGGUAUCAUACUUAGAUCGUUUCCUAAAAGAAACACACCAUGGGGGCUCAGUAGAGAGUGAAGAGGGGGAUGUGGAAGACAACAGAGCCCCUUCAGUAACUAGUAGUAAAUCAAACUUAUCAGAACUCAGUAUAGAUCCAAAUUCAUCUUUAGGACUCGACCUUCAUACAAAGCCAGGACUUCUUGCUCAUCAGUUACCACCCAAACCAAAAUCACAUCAGUUUCUUGUUAGAACAUUUUCUUCGCCUACAAAGUGCAGUCAUUGCACAUCAUUGAUGGUUGGUCUCACCAGGCAGGGUGUAGUGUGUGAAGUUUGUGGCUUUGCAUGCCACAUUGGAUGUUGUGAAAAGGUUCCAGCUAUCUGUCCAGUUCCUUCAGACCAGACAAAAAGACCUCUUGGCAUUGAUCCUACGAGAGGUAUAGGAACAGCCUAUGAAGGUUAUGUUAAAGUUCCCAAAACGGGAGGAGUGAAAAAGGGCUGGAUUCGUCAGUUUGUUGUGGUUUUAGAUAUGAGGGAUGAGGAAUUUUCUGUGAGUUCAGUCAGAGAUUCGGAUGUCAUUCAUGCAACGAAGAAAGACAUUCCUUGCAUUUUCAGGAUAACUACAUCACUUAUGGAGCCUCCAGGGUUGAAAAAUCAUACACUGAUGCUGGCAGAUACAGAGAGUGAAAAAACUAAAUGGGUUGUUGCUUUAAGUGAACUUCAUAGAAUACUGAAGCGGAACAAUUUACCCAACAGGACAGUUUUUCGAGCAAAGGAGCUGCUGGAUAAUACACUAGCUUUUAUAAAAAAUGCAAUGUCAGGGGCCAUUAUAGAUCCUGAUCGUCUAGUCAUUGGAACAGAGGAGGGUUUGUUCUGCUUGGAUCUUGAUCGAAGUGAAAUUGCUCGUGUUGGAGAAGGUAAAAAGGUGUAUCAGUUAGAAUAUAUAGUUGAGGAGCAAUUGUUAGUUGUUUUAUCUGGGAAACAGAGACAUCUACGCCUGAUUCCAGUGCGGGCACUGGAUGGUGAUGAUGUAGAAUGGAUUAAAGUAGCUGAAACAAAGGGGUGUAUCACCUUUGCAACAGGGGUAAUGAGACGUGCACCUCAACUUGGCUACUGCCUCUGUGUUGCCAUAAAAAGACAGAAUACAUCUCAGCUAAUUAUAUAUGAAGUAACACGUACGAAGACACGGCAUAAACGUCUGAGAGAAAUAAUGUUACCAACUCAAGCACAGACUCUCAAUAUUUUUAGUGAAGGCAGGCUCUGUGUUGGAUAUCAGUCUGGGUUUAGCAUAUACAGUAUUACUGGUGAUCAAAAUGCCUUAUCCUUGGUGCAUCCUGACAAUCAGCUACUUGGUUUCUUGGCAUACAGUGCUGUAGACGCAAUGCGUGCAAUAGAAUUGUCAAGGGGAGAGUUCCUCCUUGUGUUUCAAACAUUAGGGGUGUAUGUUGAUGCACAAGGCAGAAAAUCUCGUGAUCGUGAAAUCAUGUAUCCUGCCAUUCCUACUGCUGUUAGUUAUUGUGAUGGACAUCUCUUGGUAUAUAGUGAAACUCAUGUAGAUGUUUUCAACUGUGCAACUGGAGAAUGGGUACAAACAAUAAAUGUAAAGAAAUCAAGACCACUAAAUGUUACAGGAACCCUUAGUAUUUGUGUUAUAAAUGACAUGCCACACAUAAUCUACCUGAGUAAUGUUCAUCAACGUGAGUUAAUAAACGUUACUCAGUGUGAUGCUUCUGGCCGCCCAGUUCCAAGACCAAGACGUAGGUUUUCAUUAAGAGAAGGUCACAGGGCUGCAAGAACGACAGACAGGCGCUCUAAAAUGAUAUCAGCUCCAACAAACUUCAAUCAUAUAAGUCACAUGGGCCCGGGUGAUGGAAUUCAAAUUCAGAGGUUGUUGGACCUACCUACAACGCUGGAAACUGCAGAUCAGACUCUGGCAAGUCCACAGCAACUUCAGGGAAGUCAGCAGAGGCUGUUCCAUUCAGGAUCAAAGCUGGCACAUGCUCCACCCAGACAUCCUUCUCAUUCAGAGCAGCGACGUAUUUCAGGGCAUACACAGCGUCCAGCUCAAACAUAUUCAGGUCAUAACGGUUCUACAUCGUCACGUCGUUCAGCUGCUCCACCUAGGCCUGCUGUUACACCACCCUCAUUGCCAAGAUCUCCGGAUGGUCCACCAAUGGAUUCAGAGUCUUCCCUUCUGCAUCAUCAUGCAUCACUGGCAUUGGGUAGCGUACCUUCUCUACAUGAAGUGGGCAAGGAUCAGACUGUAAGUGGUGGCAGUCCACGACAUUCAAUAGCUUCCAACAAUAGCAGCAAUCCAAGUACGCCACCAAGUCCUGGCCAUGACCACGGGUCUUCGAGCUAUGACAGCUAGUUUAAUUUUUUGGACUGUACAUAAACUGUUGGGAAACAAUUUCGCAUCAAUGAUAUCUGAUGCUAUUAAGCUGUGUGUUAUUUUCAUUAACAUUUUGGCAAAAAGGAUAGGCAUACAGAUGGUAUAAUACAGAACGCAUUUGUCAGUACUUGUGUAACGUAAGUAAAACAUAUUAUUUUACAUUUAGUCAUUUACUUUUCCUUCAUAAUAUCACUAAUUUAAUUUUGUUUGUUUUUCUCAUUCCCAAGACUUUUUUGAGUAAGCAUAAAUACAUAUGUAUAUGUGCAACAGUAUGGCCUUUAUUUUUCAUCAAUGUGUGUUAGGUCUUUUGCUAAUUUUUAGGUGAAAGAAGUUCAUAAAUUUGAAAAUCUGGUAUGUAAUCAUUAAUUUUCUUUCAUUUUGCGUUAUAUGCAGUUGUUAUUUACACCCUGGAGGUAAAGAACAGUUUUGUAUAGAGGAUGAUAAUCAUUGUAAGUUAAAUUUGUUGCAUCUCUCAGUAUUUUUAAAUUUUUCUAUUAUUCCAUGUAUCUUUUCUUUGUGAUGUUGCAAAUUCUGGUACUUACAUUAAAAUCAGAAUAUUUUGUACAUAAGUUACUUAUGUUGAAAUGGGUCGAGUCUUGAAGAGUCAUGCGGAAAUCUGCAAAGUCAAAUUUUAUUUCAAGUUUAGUUUACUGGUAUAUAAUGUAGUACAAUUUUAAUGGAAAAUUUCCAUUGUAAAAAUUUGGAACAAAGUUGCCAAGCACAUUUUGUUUCCUUUGUGGUUUUGUUUAUAUAUGUAAGUGUUUGCAUUCUGUAUUGAGAUAUGAGGGACUUCCAAAUACAAUUUGUGAUUAUUUUUAGUGAGACUACAAAAAUUGACUUUACAUAUGUGGAAAAUGUAUAUUAUAUUUAUUAACAUUGUCGGUAGUAAAGGACUAGGUGGCCCUACCUCAUUUGGUACAUAGCUGUGGUAGGAGGAUUGUGCGUGUAUGUGUGUGCGUGUGUCUUCGGAAUGAAUUAGUGAUGUUAAGAGUGCACUAAAAUGAGUGGAGUAUGGGCCCUUUUGUAAAAUAGCAUUUCAUUACAGCUGUGUAUAUGUUUUCUGUUCAUUUUUUAAGAAUAUGAUUAUAGUUUUAUUUUAUCAGGGAAUGCUAACAAUAAUGGUGAAAUAAUCCAAUGCCUAACUGUACAAAUUUU